AUGUUACGACGAACAUUAUGGAGACAUGUGCAUUUAUUUACUGCGCUUGUACCUCUUAACGUUGCCCAAAGUCCGCAGCUCAUCAGUGCAGAUCAUCUUGAGAUUGCCAAGAAGGCAGCAACAGAGGCCACACCACUCAUUGGAAAUGCCCCACUUGUGGAUGCACUUAAUUUAUUAACAGACUUAUCAAAUAUUCGAAAACAGCGUGAGGCUGAUCAACUUUUGGAAGAUUGUCUUACAUCCUACCGUGGUGAAUUAUAUAAAUCUUCUGUAACGGAUCCAUUUCAGCGAUUGCAAUUACAUGAGGCAAUAAUGGCUGUUGGAUUUUAUCUACGAAGUGGAAAUCCUAAUGUACUUAAAGGUGAAAAUACAAGGUUUGUGUUACAUCAUUAUAAUUUUGAUGUACGCCGUGAUACAGCAAUUACACGUACUGUUCAUCACACUCUAUUAGAGAGUCUUUCAUCUACACCAGAUUCCGAUAAACUUCUUGGAGAUUUAUUACUAUUAGAACGACGAUUAUUUGGUCGAUUACGUUUUCUUCCAACAGCGGGACGGCAGUGGUUUGUAUUAGGACUUCCUUUAGAAGAAAUCAAAACAGAGGAGGAUAUUCACCGUGUACUUGAUAUACCAGUAGUAAAGGAAUUUGGUAACUUUGAAUUAAAAGAAAAAGAUUCUGAAAAACUUUGGAAGUUAGUAACAGUGCGUCCCAAAUCUGAAAACUCUCCUAGUUUUCUGGAAGAAGGUGAAUUUACAAUGCAUCAUAUGGAAAAAGAUUUGGAAUUGAUCCGUCGAAUUCAAAAACCGCAACCCCCAAUGGAAUUUUGGGAUCGCGUAAAAGAUACCUUGUUGCGUUAUUGGGUUAUUUGGUUCUCCUUAUGGAUUAUGUUCUUUAUGGUGGAUGAGGAAAUCAUUACAGUUGUUGCUCUAAUAUUUCUAAAGUGGCGACAAACGAAAAUACUUGAAGAAGAGGCUGAAAGGAGUGGUGGUAAGGUAUAUAUAGCAUCCUCUACUGGACGUUCAAGGACAAACAACUAA